AUGCGCUUCAUCACUGACAACAAGCCGCGUCAAGAUCAGGGCAAGGAGGUGCCGCUCAUGGUCAUCGGAGCUGGCCUCCCUCGUGCAGCAACUUCAUCAUUGCAAGCGGCGCUCGAAAAGAUCGGCUUUGCACCAUGUCUUCACAUGGCAGAAAUCAUUCCUCAUGUGGACCGUAUGCAGCUUCUUCUAGAGGCGGUUCGCGAAAAGGACACGGAAGUGCGCCACAAAAUGCUGCGCAAACUCAUCCAUGGGCAUUACGCCAUCUGCGAUCUUCCCGUUGUGUUUUUCACCCCCGACCUUAUGGACAUGUACCCCGACGUCAAGAUCGUCUUGAAUGGACGACCCGACCCUGAUGUUUGGGCACGCAGCGCCGCCGACAGCUUUGGAUUCGUCUUUUCACCGUGGUUCAAGUGGACGGGACUUUUAUGGACAACCGACAGGAUCUGGUACAAACUCAAUCAAGAAUCGGAGAAAUAUUGCCAAGAACUUUUCGGCGACGGCGAUAUCUUUACUGGCAGGUGUUACAGAGAAUAUUACGACAUGGUGAGAGCCGAGGCCAAGAAGCGAGGGAAGGAGGUGCUCGAGUUUAAGGCCGAGGAUGGAUAUGAGCCGCUAUGCAAGUUUCUGGGAAAGGAUGCCCCGGAUGAGCCGUUCCCAAAGUUGAACGAGAAGAAGACUUUUCAGGUUGUCCAGGCUAUUCUCAUCGCGAGGGGGCUGCUUGCUUGGUCGGCCUUGGGUGUUGGUUGUUGGGGUGCUUGGAAACUGGCCGAUCACUUCCUGCGGUGA